UUUAUAAAUCAAACGUUUAAUGAGAAUGCAAUAAUUAGCGUAAUUAGAGUGUAUUGUGUUACACUCGAAUUUUUAACACCAACUCUUCUGUUCCAUUUGAAUAAAAAGUUGAUUAAGGUUGCCAUUUAAACACAGCGUAAAAUACCAGAAAAAGAGAACACAUAAACGACGCGCUCUCUUGCCAAAGCUUUUGCGCCAUGUGGCAACAUUGGCGUACAGUGUUGGGUAACGUGUGUGUUUGACAAUUGUUUAAUUGACGAAAAAGUUUUUAUACCUAAAACAAAUUGUCAUUUUGGGCGAGUGUCAAAUGUGAGCAAUCACAUUUUUUCACCAGAGAUUUGGGCAUUUCUUUUAUGCCGCAUGUAAGUUUUGCCAUCAAUGCAACGUCAGCCAAAACAUGCAGCAAGUUGAAGCGGCACAUGGACAACAACAAUUUGAAAGCAGAGCUCCACGCGGUAUUUUCUAUAAUGGCACCUGGUACAAUACGCAAGCGUUGCAGCUACCAAGUUGUGUGCUGCCCGAGACGUGGCAGUGGCAACAACAACAACAACAACAACAGUAUGCGCAUGCCACUUUGCAACCAGGGCUGCAUUUGCAACAGGGACUGCAACUAGUUGUGGCUGAAGUAACGCCUCAAUUGCCAUUGCAGUCAUCACGUUCUCAUUAUCAAAUAUGCACCUGUCAGAGGGGGCAGCCGUUGGCAAUGUUGCACGGUCUACACUUUGUGCAGCCGCAUCAAUGCAACUAUGAGGCUGUGAUCAAGCAACAGCAACAGCAACAGCAUCUGCAGCAGUUAACAGCACAACACAUACAAACUCCUUUAAUGCCGCAAUUCUCGCAGCAGUUCCACCAACAGUUGGAGCAACAGCAGCAGCCACAACAUUUUAUACAGCAGCAAUUGGAGUUGACGCAUUUAAAUCAGCAGCCGCAAUGUUUCUACUCAACUCAAGUGCAAGGUACAGACUCGCCUCAGCAGGAGAUACAACAAGAACUAACUCAACAAGAGUUGCAACUGCAGCAGCAGCAACAUUUCAUACAGCAGCAACAUUCAAAUCAGCAACAGCACUUCCAGCAGCAGCUACCUCAACAGCAGUUGCAUCUUGAGCUGCAGCAGCAGCAACAUGUCAUACAGUGGCAACAGAAUUCUAAUCAAUGUUGCUACUCAGCUCAAGUGGAAGUCGCACAGUUUGCGCAGAAGGAGAUGCAACAACAACUACCUCAACAGCAGUUGAAGUCUCAGGAGUUGCAGCAACAUGAACAGCAUACAAAUCAGCAAGAGCAGCAGCAAUGUUGCUACUCAACUCAAUUUCAGCAGCAGCAGCAGCUUCAACAGCAGUUGGAGCAUCAAACUCAAUCACAACAACAACUGCAGCAAGCUCAACCACAGCAGCAGCAGCAGCAGCAAGAUUUCGUGCAGCAGCAAUUAGAGUCUCAGCAGUUGGAACAGCAUCAACAGGAUUCAAAUGAGCAGCAGCAGUUGGAGCAAUGUUCCUACUCAACUCAAGUAGAGUCCCCGCAGAAGGAGAUGCAACAAGAACUACCUCAACAGCAAUUAGAGUCUCAGGAGUUGCAACAGCAUCAACAGGAUUCAAAUGAGCAACCACAGCAAAAGGAUUUGGAGCAAUGUUGUUACUCAACUCAAGUGCAAGACACACAGUCUUCACAGCAGCAGAUGCAGCAAAAGUUGGAGCAGCAAUCUCCACCUGAACAACAGUUCCAGCAGCAGCCACAUUUCGUGCAGCAGCAAUUAGAGUCUGAGCAGUUGGAGCAGUAUCAACAGCAGCAAUGUUGCCACUCAACUCAACUGCUGCAAUCUCAUCCACAGCAGCAACAGCAACCACUGAUCUGUCAACAGCAUUAUCUACCAGACCAAACCAAUAACUAUUGUCCACAAUCAUCGUCAACGACACCAACAUCGUUUCCGUCAUCGUCAUCGCCAUCGCCAUCGAGCAUUUCAACGCCGCAGCCUGUCAACGAUCCUCAAAUUAUCCAAGUCGAUAUGUCAUCCGUAAGCAAGGUUCACAUAACUCGUUCAUUCGCCAGGCUGGUGAUUUCCAUCUACAGGCAGACUGAACUCGAUGAUGAGUCGCCCAAUCGCGUGAUCAUCAAUGGGCAAGUGCUCAUCAGCGACAGCUCAGACAGCUCCAAUGGACAAUCGAUGAGCCAAUUGCAUGUCAAUUCAGCAACUCAAACGCCAACUAAGGAGGAGACACAAACCGAGACUCCGAUGAGCACAGAUGCCAGCGAUGAAGUCGACAGCUCAACAGCCGAUCUGGAGGAGCUUCUUCAAUAUACAACUGCAGCUGUAGCGACAGUGAAUCAAAAUCAAUCAAAGUCCAGAGCACAAACCGAACCGGAGCAAUUUCGUGCUCCGCGUCGUGUUGCCAAACAGCAGCCGAUGCUGCAGCACAAUCCUCUCAGGAAAGCACCCAAAUGGACAAAGCCAGCUAAGAUAAUCGCAAGAGAGUUGCUGAAUUCGUCAGGAUCGAAUGAAACAUUGCCUAAUCGAAUUCAGCAAGAGAACGAGCAAAUGCCGCAUGAAAAUUCGGAAGGUAUUCUGGAAAAGUUCGAGUUGGUAAAUUCAGAAACCAUUCUGAAAGAGUCAUUGACAAAUUUGCAGAAGGUCGAGCAAAAGCAAAUGCAGCAGGAAGAGUCUGGAAAAGUUCUGCAAAAGAUCGAACAAGUGCAAAUGCCACAGAAAAGAUCGGAAACAAUUCAGCAAAAGAUCGAGCAAAUUCCACUGCCGAAGAAAGAGUCAACGACAAAUUUGCAUAAGAUUAAAGAAAAGGAAAUGCUACAGGAAAAGAUCGAGAAAAUGCCACAGAAAAGUUUGGAAACAAAUCUGCAAAAGAUCGAACAAAUACCAAUACAGCAGAAGGAUUCUGAAAGAAUUCUGCAAAAGAUCGAUGAAGUGGGAGUGCCACAGAAAGAGCCAAGGACAAAUCUAAAUAACAUCAAAGAAAAGCAAAUGACACAGAAGAAGCCGGAAACAAUUCUGCAAAAGAUCGAACAAAUGCCAUUGCCACAGAAUGAGUCAACGACAAAUGUGCAAAAGAUCGAACAAAUACUGAAGGAAAAAUCUGGAAGAAUUCUUCAAAAGAUCGAUCAAAUGCCACAGGAAAAGCCGACAACAGUCAAAGUUCAAACAAUUUCAGUUACCGCAAGACUGCAAGAUUCUGACUCUAACAAUUCAGACAAUUUGAUUAAGCAAACAACACUUGGAAUGGCAUCACAGCAACCACAACUUGCUUUGGAAAUUUGCAACCAUUUGGGGCAACAAGAUCGAGAUCGAGAGGAGUGGCCAGACUUGAGUGUUCAGCAAACAACGCCAUCGGUACGAAUACGCAAAUCACAGCCUUCUUCGCCUCAACCGAUUGUCAACCAAAAAUGCAAUGGGAUGCGCAGUCCGCCUUCAUUCCCCGAAGAUUAUCCCAUCGGUGAACCUAAAUUGCCGCAAUCGAUAUUCAAGCAAAUGUAUAAAAGGAAAUCGAGUCAAUCAAAAACCAUCGAGCAAUCAACAUCCAUGAUGACGACCAAGCAAGAGACACCGCUACGAUCGCAGUCUGUGGACAAUGUUAAACGAUCAUGGAAUCCUAAAACUUAUCAACGGAUCAAUCAUAAUUCCGACGAGUGUCCACAGUUAAAUGGCAUUCGCCAGAUUCUUUCACCAACAAGAAGAAAUCAAUCAGCACAGAGUUAUCAAUCGUUAGUCAAUCAACAGAAAAAUUUAACAAGAUACCAACAAGGCGCUACUAAACCAAUAACAAUUAAACCAACAAUGAAUACUCUAUCCAAAGCUCAAUCAAUAACAGUUCAUCAAUCAGAUGUCAAUCAAGCAGCAGCUCGAAAUGAUCAAGUUGUUAACCAACCAAAGUCUUCAAGCAUUCAAGCAUCAAUUCAGUCAACUAGUGCUUGUGUGAAGGCUGGAAACCAAAAACACAAAUCAACACCCAAGGCUAUGUCGAAAGUAAAGUCGGAACAACAAUCAAACAUCAAUCAAACAGUAAACUUAAAAUCGCAAUCUGUUCCAAGAUUUAGCUUGGAUGAAUCGAAGACAUCUAAGUCAAUAACUGAUCUACCCAAGAAGAAGUCAAAUGGAGUUUUUGAGUCAAACGCCAAUCAAGCAACGGACGCCAAAGAAAGUGAAGUGCAUCAAUCGAUCAAUCUAUCAGCUGACAAUGAAAAGUCAGUAAAAACUUUUGCAUGCUCCGAAUCUGAAAACCAAUCUGAGGUAUCUUUAAAUCCGGAGAUGGAUAACGACACAAAGCCUUCAACGUCUCAGAAUGCAGAAGCACAUGGGAUUAGGAAGACAAAUAAUAAUAGAAAACAAAAGACACGGAUGAGCAAAUUCGAACGCAAGGCGCUGCGUCGUGAAUUGCAGAAUGUGCAACUGGCUGCCCGAAAGUCCGAGGAGAACUCUCAGUCCACGGAAGAAGUGCUCCAACCAGUGGAAGUGCAGCAUGAUGUGGAGGAAGUUAAAAGGAAUCAGCAGUCCACCGAAGUAGAUCAACAGCCUAUGGAAUCGGAAAGUUCCGAUGAAAUCAAACCCAAGGAGGAGCCGAAAGAAACUGAACCGAGUGACGAGGAUCCAGAGCUUAAUAAUCCGUUGCUUAGCGGCAUUAGCUGUAAGAUAAUGCGCGGCCACAUCCUGAGAAUAGCCAAUAAGAUCAAUAGUCUUUAAAGGAAAUAUCGGGGUAUUCAAUUGUAACGAACAUUUAAAGCGGGGAAAGGGGAUAACAAGCAACCAAUGUGAUAACUUAAUGUGAAUCGGCAGCUUAAAGCAAACGAUAUUUUUUUUUUGUUAUAUGUUAAUAUGCCAUAUUUACAACUAGUUAACUUGCCUAUCCCAAUAAAAAUAGAUCUCAGAUUAACAA